CUUUCUCAAACACGGAAGAAGAGGUGAACGAUGCGGCAACGAUGGAGUGAGACAUGUGAUACACACAUUUACUGGACCGCAAAUCAAACUUAAACGUAUGUUUGGCAUUUCAGGCCUGAACAGAAAAGCAGGGUAGGAUAGGUGAUACCUGGGGAGACUAAAGCAGCUUUGUUGUAGUUCUUGUUUUAUGGGCGCGAGGCAGCAUUCCCCUCUCUGCAAGUGGCUGUUAAACAUUUAGAUUUUUACUUAAAUAACUUCUGACUAGGUGGCCACAUCCACAUCUUGCUAGUCUUUCCACCAGAAGAAACAACUAACUAAUGACGAGCAAAAUAAAAUGGCUUUCGCAAACCUGUUCACGGGUCUAGCUGCUGUCGAAGAAGGUGUCAAGAGCCCUGGUCCACCCGCCUUUACGCACAGGAACGAGACUGGGAGUGGUCAAAGAGGCAAUGCUAGAAAGAGGAAAAUCCAGGUUGAGCAUACUGGCCCUUAUAAAAAGAAGCAAUGUCACGAAGUCCAGACAACCAGAAAUUCUAAUGGUGCAUCCUUCAGAGAAGAUGACUCCAAGGCCAUACACUACAAUAUCUAUAACACUGAUAGCAGACAUGCAAGUGCUGGCUUCACCAAAGAAGUGAUACAUAAUCAUAGUUAUAAACCUGACCACAAUAACAAAGGUCAGAAUUACACAACUAAAAAUAACCGUAAUGUGAACAAGCAGCAGAAAAACAAGCCGGAGUGGCCGAAAAAUCAUCAUCAACAGAAGGAUAGAUGGAGACCUGCUAAUAGAGGUGGAAGCCAUCAGACUCAACCUACUUGGGGACAAGGUGGAAGAUACAGACAAAAUAGAAAUGACAAGCAGGGCGUCCAAGUGAAACGUCCAAAGUUAAUGUCACAGGAGUUCAAGGACCAGAAUGGCGUGUUGGUGGAUGGGCGGUUAAUUUGUCGACAUUUCCUUUGGGGAAGGUGCAUCAAGGAGGACGACUGCCAACUGGAACAUGUUAAGGGAUACAACAAUCUCGUCAAAGAAGUGUGCAAGUACUACGUUCAAGGAGUCUGCACAAAGGAAGAGAGCUGCCCAUACAUGCAUAAGUCAUUUCCUUGCAAGUUCUUCCACAGAAAAGGAAAAUGUUCUCAAGGAGCGGAUUGCAAGUUUUCCCACGAGCCACUCAAUGACGUCACAAACCAACUGUUGCAUGAGGUAUUCAAACGUGAUGAUGACCUCUAUGCACUUUCAAAAAAAGCUGAACAGGAGUCGUCCGGACAGCCAGAAAACACAGAUGAGCCAGAAAUUACAGAAGCAAGUAGGACUUCUGAUACACUCCUGCAACCACUCAGGCCUAUCUUUUACAACAGCGGAGAAACGAAUGCUGAGAAGGACUGUCGGACUAAAGAGCUGGCUGAUAUCAUGGAGGAAGCUGUCCCACCAAAUGCAUCAGAUGCUGCCCAACCUCACCUCCCUCCGUCAAGUGACCUUAAACAUGAGGAGCCAGUUUGUUAUUCAGUUGCAGCAGUGCUUGGACCUCAACUAUUCAAACCGUUCCCUAGUUUCUUUACAACUCCAGGAAGUCAUGAGUCUGGCAGUUCAGUCUCUGCAAACCAAAGCAAAGUUCCCUACUCUGUGGAUGCUGUUCUCAGGUCUUGUAAAUCAGUGGAAUAUUCUACCUUUAGACACUCACCUACCCCUCCUACUGCACAAACUGUGUCCUAUACCCCAAAAACUGACUUUGAAGAGUUUACUGAGCCCAUGCUAAGCUCAGAAACCCAAGAUGAGAAGGUCUUGCGUUCAGUAAAUACCAGAAAUGGAGUGAACAAUUCCCAGGAAAAAUUAUUCAAGAGCCUGUCAUCCCUCCAAGUGCACACCAGUGUGCUUUCAAAGAACUGCCCUAGUCUUACUCUGGCCUCCAGGGAUAACAAGACACGAGGUGGCAAUAUGCCAGAGUCGAUGAAACCUGCUCAAAGACCUGCUCAUGAAGUCAAGUUGGAGUUCCUGCAGUCUCCUGUUACUGUAGCAGAGAAGUCUGUGUUAUCCAAAGGAGAUAUGAAAAGAUGCAUGUGCCUGCCUUUGGAUAUUACAUGCUCUGACACCUGUAAAAGUGAAGGUGUUCUUCCUUUUGGACGCACUAAUCGCAAAAGCAUUUUUUCAAGGCCAUCAAGUCAGAAAUCUACUUCCAAAUGUCCUACAGAGUUGAGGCCACAUCUCUCUGUUCUGACGUCUGACUCACAAGCCUCAACAAAGCCUUUUUCUCCUUCAGGUUUCACCGACUUUAUAGUUGGAGCUGCUGUUCCUGUUAAACCUGUCACCAGCUCCUUUAAGACAAGUGCUUCUGAAAACUCCGGCAGUCGUCACUUUGUAGAAAAACAACCCACUGAGAUCCACCUGCACUCCAAAAAGACACAAUCUGUCCUCAACCAUGACACUCCUUAUUCAACUGCCAUCAUAGCAGAGUGCAGCAGUAAAACGGCACAUUGUGGUGAUUUGGCAGUUGGAUGUAAAAAGACCCUGAAAAGACCCUUUCAUAGCCUUUUUGCAAGCCCCAUUACUGACAGUGUAAUGCAGCCAAAAGACGAUUCUGGACCAGAUUCCCCUUGUCCUCAAGGCUUCAUCCACUCUUCCUGUCCUGCUCCACAGCCUGCAGGUUGCAGAAGUAAUCGUGUUCAAAGUGCAGUUGAACCUGACAAAGCCCCUGCCAGGUCCUUCCUCGGCCUUUUCGCUGCCCCUCCCAGUGCUGCUCCUCUCCCGUGCAUCCAAUCUCAACCAGAUUAUUCAAGGCCUUCCUCCUGCUCUCAACAGUCAAACCAGUCAGUUGAUAAUACAUUUCCUUUAUCAAACUCCAAACCAAGAGCUUCUGAUUUAGAGACGCCUCUCCAACACCAGCUUAGAACUGUCAAAGAAAUCUCUUGUGCAACAAGAUCCUCCUAUUUCUCUCCUAAUCCUAAAAUAGAGAAUGAAGACAGCUCAACAGAGCACAUAAAUAAACCUACAAAGCAGCUACUUAAUCCUGUGAGUAGCUUUGAUUCUCUCUGUGAGGUAUCUACCAGUAUAACCCCUUGUGGUAACAGUCCAUCUAGAACGCAUGCUCAUCAGCAGCUGCCCGACAUUACAUCCCACAAAGUUGCUGACACUGCAAAUUCAGUUCUGAAGACUCUCUUCCUGUGCCUGAGCCCAUACCAACAGGAUGAAGAGCAACAGGACCGUUUUCAGAUCGGUGUCACUUCAGACUCAAGACUCCCAGUCCACCCGUCCACUGAGAAAACAGUUGCACACUCAACAGAGCACCGGCCGUCUCUCCAAACUCUCCAAAUCCCCUUGGAGGCAACAGUUGGAUCUACCCCCAGCAGUCCAGGAACAAAUGAACUUCAGGUGAGAAACUCAGGCGCACACAACAUGCCGUGCAAACAAGUGGCGUCGCUGAUGCAGCAUCACACCCGCCCAAGACCGAAGCGCGCAUCAGAGGAAGUACUGUGGGUAAAUAGGGACGUGGUGGUCACACCACUAAAGGACCUUUUCAAGACUUUAGAAACCACUGUUUUCCAUUUCGGACAUUAACGUUGGAUUACUUUCAUGUUAAAUCUUACUCAUGAUCUUUAUUAAUUUUGCCUUGUGGUCAGUCAUAACAGCCGUGUUAUGAGAGCGCACAUAUUUAAAUCUUGUUCUUUAUUUCACAUCUACAGUCUUCUUUGAAUUUAUAGUUUUGUGCAGCUUUAAGACUUAUUCAUCUUUGUGUAGUACCAACAUUGUAAUAAUUAAACAUUCAAAUAUUUUAAGUUUAUUUUACAUUUUACUUACAAUAAUACAAUAUUUCUACAAUGGUGCUACAUUAAUAAACUUCAUGCAAAAAUUGCCUUCUGAUUUGUCUUUUGAAGUUUGUGGUUGUACCACAAAUUGAUGGCACAAUCUUCAACUUAUAUUUGUUUUCAAUGUUCAUGUUUCUCAGGUAUCACAGAUAUAAACAACUCUAGACUUAAAUAAGGAUUUCUGCUGGUUUAUUAAACAGAAUUUUAAAAAUAGUACUCACAACUUCAAAGAUUUUCCUUUUGAUACCAUGUAUUGUUUUACAUCAACAAUGACAAAUACAUUUCAUCAAUACUAUACUACAAAAUGUGUAUGCUCUGCUUGUGUACAGGAAUGUUUGUGAUAUACACUGAUAAUAUAUCAUUGCACAGAUUUGUUGAUAUGAAUAUGUUGUAAUAACUAGCGAGUGGCCCCAACAUGUGAGAGGGGAGGGAGCAGGUGCAGUUGGGCGGGGGGGGUGAAGGGAGCUUCAUCAUGAGCAACCGCCUUGAUCAUAAAUCACAGAAGUUGGUGUCGAUGUGGAAGAACAAUAUACUCAUUAUUUUCGCUUCAUUUUAAAACACAAUUAUGAUUUUAUUAUGGUAAUUUCAGUUCUUGUCCUACUGACUCAUUCUUCCAUGCAUGUUUGUCUCUUAUUGCUUUUCAGAUGUGCAUAUUUCAAAUUCAUCUCAAGUUCAGUAAUACCAGCUCAAAGUUACUUUUAAAAGGUAACCUGUGAAAUAGUUAUCGUUUCUGUUCUGGUCACUUGAAAACAAAGUCAGAAUAAAUGGCCUUGCACGCAACAAACAAAGUCACUUUUGGUAAAAAAAAAAAAAGUUCACACGGCUUUUUACAAUUGUUUUGCUUUUUUUUUUGUUUCAAUUCAUCCAGAAAAAUCAUAUUAAACUGAGAAAAAUGUAAUCAUCAUCUUAGUGUCUUUGGUUGCAUGGGCCAAAGAUCUUGACGUAGCCAAAGAUCUUGACAGGUGUUGUGUGUCCGUAAGAUUUCUGUGACCGGAGCAUUUGAUUAGAACUCUACAAAAAACCAACAUUCAACUACAGUAAGAAACAUGGCUGACUCCAAAUGUCUCGACUUCACCGAUCAUGCAGACUUUUGGACCCAACAGGUGUUAGCAUUGUGUAUUCUGCCGUGAACCAUCAAGAAAAACGCCCUGCGAUUAGUUACAGGAUCCAAGAUCAACCUCUCAGCAUUGAUUGUACGGUAAUGAUUAAGGUGUGAAGUCUCGCCUCAUAGCGUGUUUUACCCCCUCAUAGUCCAGUGCCUUUGCAGACCUGAUACGAUGAUGGUGAGCACUUCCAACAUGUCACAGUACUUAUGAUCAAAGUCUUUAAGUCCAAAGGGUGGACAUUUGUAUUUAUUGUGUAGAUCAUUUUUUAUUUUAUACACAUGGGUGACAAAUAAUGGAAAUCCUGAAAUGACAAAUGCAUGAGUUGAAUGAGUGAAGGAAAAUGAUGAGAUCAUACACUUUUUUUGGAGUGACGUCUUACACUGCACUCUCCACCAUUAUCCUCAUGGAAAAUCUUUCUGAGGAACGGUUCAUCCCUCCAGUUAGACAUCAAUGACGAGGAGCACUGAAGCUGUUCUGGAGGCUCACGGUGACGCAACACAAUACCCAAACACUUUGUGUAGAUUUUUUUUAUAUUUAUUGUUCUGAUUAAUUGUGUAAUAUUGAUCUCACAAAACAUAUUUGGGUUUGGUUUCUAUCAGAAUUGUGUGUUUCUCCACAUACAUUUAGCUGCCGGAGGGCAGACUCAAGUAUCCUGUGUAGUAAACUUCUGGGCCCCGUUUAAAACAAUUACUGGACAUAUAAACAAUGCAUAUACACAUAAAUCAUACAUGGGGCAUUUAUGAGGCAGUUAAUUAUAUUAUAAUUGUGGAGCACUUAGAUAAAUAACUACAAUAUGAGUGCUAUAAAUGAAUAAUUGAUCGCCUCUCAGACAUUUAAAAUGUAUUCUCUGGAUAUCGCAGCCAAGGACACGUGAUGAAUUAAUGGUUCAGGCCCAAUAAAAAGACGGUUGCUGUUGAACUUAGGCAAUUUGACACAAUUGGUAAAAUGCAAACCUGUUAUUAACGGCUUUUCUACAUCCACUUGUGACUAACUGGAAAUUGGUUCCCCCGAGUUCCACAAUGAUUGAGAAAUGUUCAGUUCAGCAUAAUGUUGUCUGCGCAAUGUGACGACCCGCUCUGCCUGUUCGUUUGGCUGCCUUCCUUGCAGGUGUGGAGGUGGGUGUGGC